AUGCAGGACACCCUUACCACUAUCACCAACCACCACGAGACGUCCCCACCACCACCACCACCGCCACCAUCGCGAUCAAUGCGUCCCGGCGGCGGCUGUAGAGGAGGCAGCUUGGCGCGGCUUGCCCUCCCAUCCUCCUCCUCCUCCUGUUCCCUCCAACGUCUGGCUUGGUGGCCCGUCCCGGUGACACUACUUGGAUAUGAGACACUGAAUCAAUAACAUGUGAAUAUUUAGUGCUCGUAUACUGCCAGAAAGUGACAAAGUGUAACAAGGAGUGUUGAAAAUUGUCAGAAAGGUUGGACUCGCAAGUGUUACCUUAUCUGCAGUGCACUUACAGUAUGAUCUUUGAGAUACCCCGAUCUCCAAGAUAGUCGGAGACCCCCAAUUACCCCUGCACUGCUGCCUAUCCUGUCUGCACUUCUACUGAAUUACCCACAGUACUGUAACUGUUCACUAGACAUAUGAGGGCUGAAGAGUGAAAUGGAAGAGUGUCAUGUAAAAGUCUUCAGUGUGUGAAUCAUUGCAUGACUGACUUAAGCUGCAGAAACUGAUCAAAAUAGAUAAACAAGAUUAAAACAUAUAAGCUUCUGUGAAAUUUUAAGCUCACUGCUGAGUGGAAGGUAAAAACAGGUAAAAAAAUAAUUGAAAUCCAUCAAAAUGAGCAAGUUUCUUCCUAUGUUCAAAAAGAAGGGGAAGGGGAAGGAGGAAGAGAUGCUUGAGGAGACAAAGAAGAAGCGGAGCAAGUCAAACAAGGUCUCAAAGGAAAUCUUAUCAAGUCCUUCCUCCAGUGUUGUGUCCAAAGCAGAAAAGAAGAGAAAGUCCACCAAGAGGAAAGCGCCAACGCCCCAAGGGAAGGAGAAUUACCCUUCAGUGCAGGAACUGGAGAAGGAAUUCUUUAUAGAUGCCAGUGGGGUCGUCCGAGAAUGCCCCUCAGAACUCUACAUCGAUGCAGCUGGUGCUGUUAGGGAAGGGCCCAGGGAACUUUUUAUUGAUAAUGCUUUAGCAGUCGAUGACUCUAAUACAGAAACUAUAUCAGACACAUCCCAUGAAGACUGCUUGCUGGCUAGAGAGAAGCAAGAAAAUGGUUCCCCACAAAGUGAUGACUGCAUUAGUGAAAAUGCAAAGGAAUUGAAAGCAGAAAAUAAUGUAGCUGGGUCAGUUAGUAAUCUUAAUAGUUCCUGUGAAGAAACAACACUGAAAACACUUGAGUCGUCCAUGGAAAAUCAAGAAAAGAGGCAAGUCCAUCAGGCUGGAGGUGAUCUUGGAAAAGGUUCAGAAGAGAAUGGAGAUGAGUGUGUUGUCUUACGAAGCUCUAGAAAAAGUGAAAAUGAUGACUCGCUGAGUGCAAAAUUGGCAAGUAGACUCAGUGUCUCUGAGGAAUUGCAACACUGGCAGGAAGAAGAAGCAGUAGUGUUGGACUUUGACCCAAUAUCCGAUUCCACAGAAGACCUCAAAAAAGAAGCAGAAGCAACAGAUGAAAAAAUAUUAGAAAACUUUCAUGAUGUUGAUACUGAUAACUCUGUAAGUGUUCCACUAGUUAGUGCCGUGGAUGUGGGAGAUGAUCACUUAACAGUGAGAAUAGAGGAGCAUACUGUGGCAGAGGCUGAGGUGGGAGAGGAAAUGGGUCUGUCAGUGGCACAUGAGGAUAGUCUAGUCGAAACCUUCUACACCAACACUCCUGAGAGUGAUGAUGACUUUGACUCAGCACAGGAGGACUGGGAUGAGGAGAGUGCAGAGGAAAAAGAACCAAAGAUAAAUCCAACUAAUUUACUACAAAAUGAAGACUUUGAGGCAUCAAGUGGUAGUGAAAGAGUUGCAGAAGCUGAAAAUGAAGAGAUGAAAGACAGAUACGAAGCACAGGUUUCCAGACACGCCAGUACCACAUCCUCAGUCUAUCAAGAUGCUCAUAGCAGAGAGAACUCACUAUAUGACAUAAACUCAAUUAUUGAAGCAACAAAUGAAAAUCAUAGUUCAGGUGAAGGAGUUGUGGUUGACUCAGGUCAAGCAAACAAGUUGACGCGUAAAAUUUCUAAUGUAUCAGCUUCAUCUAGUGAUAUUUUUAAUGAAGAACUGGAUGACUUGCUUAAUGAAGAGCUAGAUAGGUUAUCAGAAGAAGAAAGUGGUUCCACUGCCUUAAAUGACACUAUUUUAGAAGGCAACAAUGAAGUGGUCACUGAAAUGUCUGGGGCUGACUCCACUUCUCAGCUACAACAACUAGAAACGAUAACAGAAACAGAGAAGAGUUUGCCAAACUUGCCUCAUCCAGAAAAUACUGAAAUUGCAGCACAAGAAGAUCCAAAAACUGCAGCACCAGAAAAGGAAGAAAGUGUUGAAGUGGUCCCAGCAGAGGAGAGUAAGAACACAAGUGAUCAACUAGAUAAGGAGUCCAUUGAUAAUACUGAUAAUCCUAAAUCACAAUUCAGUGAAUCAACAGGUCAUACAGCAGUGCAAGAUAAAAUAAGCUCAGAGAAUAAUAUAGCAGAAGAAAGUGUUGUCACAGACCCAGCAGCACAAGCAGCAUCAGAGGGAGGGCUGGACCAGGCCAAGGACAGUGGGUACUACAGCUUGCCUGUGUCUCCUAAGCCCAACACAGUCACAGAGAAGGAGAGAGAGCAGGCAGCAGCUGAGUCCUCAGUGCCUCAAGAAUCACAAAAGGAAAAUAAGGAGGAAGAAUUAACUCCUCCUAGUGAGAUGACAGUUGCAACAACAGAGUCAGAGGAGGCCCCUGAAGUGAAAAAAGUGUUAUUAGAAAACUCUGUGCCUGAUAAACCCUCUGAGCCAUGCACUAAGAGUAACGAGUCCAGUUCCUUCAAAACGGUGAAUGGGUUAGCAACAGUGAAAGAGGAAAACAUGAGAAUAGAGUCCACAGAAAUGUCUCCAAAGGUUGAAGAAAAAAAGAAACCCAAAUUGGAUACAUUCAAAAGCCCUAUGCUAGAUUUUAAGGGCACAGCAUCUUCACCAGGACCUAGUGGCCCUGUCCCAGGCAGGCUCUCAAGACACAAGUCACCAGGUUUAGGUGGUGAUGGCAAGCACAGUGAUGAGGGCAUGUUGAGUCCUGACCCGGUGGGAGACAUGUUUCUGCAGCAGGCAGUUUGUUUAUCCCAUGAAGAAGCUGAGGCGCGGUUAGCCCAGCGUCGUGCAGCGCGGGCGGAGGCCAGGGAGUUGAGGCUGCGUGAGUUGGAAAAGCAGCAACAUGAACAGGACAAUGAAGAGGAGAAACAGUUUGCCUCACCAUCCCACACAGAUGAUGAUGACUGCGAAGAUGAUGAAUAUGAGGCUGAGGAAGAGCCUGUGCCCCGUGCAGGAUUGGGGAGGGCGGCAGGGAGGUCAACUGGAAUGAACUGCAGUGGCCAGUACUCCCGCAGGUCUUCAGAAGACUCCACCACAGAUGAGGCAUCACUUCCAGCUAAUGUCAGGGAGAUGAGGACUGAGUUGAAGGAGCUGGAUGAGAAGUUCCGAAAGGCCAUGAUCACAAAUGCACAACUUGAUAAUGAAAAGGCGACCCUAACAUUUGAAGUAGAAUUAAUGAAAGAUAAGUACACAGAACUAGAAGAAGUGCACACACAACUAACGAAAGAACAUAGAAAGAAAUGUACUGAGUAUGAACAACUGAAAAAAGUAUCGAUGAAGUUACAGGAAGAAGUCAAAAUCUUGAGAAGUAUGUUACAAGAACGAGAUCAGUUAAUACAGGAAUAUGGCUUAGUUGUCAUGGGGGAGGAAGAGAACGGGGAGGACGUUGAUCAUGCAGCGGAAGAGGACGACGACGUAGAUGACUUAUCACCACGGAAACUGUCUGUGAAGAAGGUGUUGGUGUCACAGGAAGUAGGAGAAUUGCUGUCUAAGGGUGCAGCUCGAGGCUCAUUAGAUGUAAGGUUAAAGAAGUUUUGUGAGGAGAAAAAUGAUUUAGAAGACCAAGUCAGAAGACUGAAACUUGAACUCGAAGAAGAAAGAAGCGAGAGCAGGAGGAGAGAGAACGGCUUAGACUAUGAGAAGCAAAAGGAGCAAAGCAAAACUGUAAACGAAUAUAAGUUUAGAGUUCAGAAGGCUGAGGCAGAGGUUUCAACGUUGCAAGCAAAUGUGGCGAGACUGGACGCUCUCUCAAAUCGAUAUAAAACCCAGUCAGAAGAGUUAGAAAAAAGUGAAGAGGAAUUAAAAUUAGAGAAAAGGAAACUACAAAGAGAGUUAAGAGAUGCCCAAAGUAGAUUAGAAGAACUGGAAACUACUAAUAAUCAUCUUAUAAAAAGGUUUGAUAAACUAAAAAAUGCAAGAUCUAAUCUCCUUAAGGAUCUUUCUCAAGACCCAGCGUGAGAGGUGGACCAGGGCCCUGGUUUCCCCUCAAAAAUAUUCUCUGCUGCCAAUCUUCAGCUUGUAAGUCGCAAUAUUUGGUCAGGGUGUUUAUGCAACGGGUCCACUACAAGGAAUCCCUCUUUGGUGGUAUGGAAGGAGUGGGAGUAAUUUCUACCUGUGUGUAACUGUAAACAUGGUGUUGAUCAUCGUCAGUCUGUUUGUAAAGAAUGUUAGGAGUUUCUCUGCAUUGUUAGAGAAAAUACUACAUAUAUUUUUUUAAAACAACUUGAUGCAGGUCAUGAAAGCAGGCACUCAUGUUUGAACUCUAACCACUAAAUAGCAUGAUUACAAGUUGAAGGCUUGCUGAACACCACAGUUACUACUUAACCACCUCAUUGACUGUGAUGUUUGUGGUAUUGGAUACUCGUCUCUCAUAAACUAUUUUGCAAUGAAUGCCUUGGUGCCUCUAGCCUUUUACAACUCUUGCAGUUGUCUUACAUGAGUGAUGAGAGCUGCAAAAAUGUCUAGGUAGCACUGCUAAUGUUAAUUUUCCUAAGCUAAAGCUUUUAAUAACCCGCCAAACUCAAGCUGUUGCUGCCAGUGACCAGCCUUAACCCAUGCAGUGAGUGUUUUAAAUAGGUCACGCCAUAAAUUUCACUAGGAAGUUUUUACAUUAUGGCUAUAAAUAAUAAAAGAACGUAUUUUGAAAGUGCCGUAGCUUAAAGGUGGUAGACACCAACAGAAAAUAAAUCAUAAUUAAAUCUAUACAAGAAAGGAGUAGAUGCAUGCCAAACAGCUACCAAACAUUUUAGAUCUUAUAUAUAUAUAUAUAUAUAUAUAUAUAUA